AUCCUUUUUUUAUAAAAUAAAUAAAAUCUUUAAAAUGAAAACAAUUAAUUUAAAAGAAAAAAAAACCUCCCGGCGUCUAUAUAAACCAUACCCAAGCCCAACGUUAAUUUGCGUCACUUGCAAGCUCCUUCUUCUUUCAUCACUCUCUCCAUUUAAUUAAACCAUGGCCUCCGCCAUGACCUGCUCGGCUGCCGACCUCCUCCCUCAUCUCGGCAACUCAGCCAAUGCUACAGCGGCCGCAGAAUUUAUAUGCGGUCGUUUCACAGCGGUCUCAGAGUACCUCUCAAACACCACCUACGCGGUGGACAGCACGUACCUCCUCUUCUCAGCUUACCUCGUUUUUGCCAUGCAGUUGGGAUUUGCCAUGUUGUGCGCGGGUUCUGUCCGCGCCAAGAACACAAUGAAUAUAAUGCUUACGAACGUGCUUGAUGCCGCUGCUGGUGGCUUGUCUUAUUACCUCUUUGGUUUUGCCUUUGCCUUUGGAGCUCCCUCCAAUGGUUUCAUUGGCAAGCAUUUCUUUGGAUUGAAGGAGUUUCCUUCACAAUCCUUUGACUAUAGCUACUUUCUUUAUCAAUGGGCGUUCGCCAUAGCUGCUGCAGGUAU